UGUAAUCAGUUAUAUCAGACAUACAGAUUUUAGAUUAUUAAUCUCUAUAGUGUAGAGCUGGGGGCAAUGCAUCAAAAAUAGUUUUCAUAUCCGCUUAAGGUCAUUUCAGGAAGUGAGAGCCAAAGAAAUGCAUCAUGUAGCCUUUGUCUGAGUGAAGAAGUAACAGCUGCAAAAUGAAAUUUCAGUGGUUCAUGUUCAGAGCUCUGUGGAUUCUCCUCAUUUUACCAACUUUCAGUGGAGAAAGCCUGUGCAAAAGUGAACUUUUACUAAGCAGUAACAUUUCUACUGAGCUCCAGUCUGAUGUCCUGCUGCCGUGUAACUUUAAUCCAACUCUCCUCGGAUCAGAUAAGACUGCAGAUAUAGCAGUAGUGUGGAGUCAGAGGAACACAACAAUACACAAUCUAGUGGAGAUCACUCUACAGGGAAAUGUGAUGGUUUGGGAUACUAAAGGUGGACGUAUCAAGACGUUCGCUAAGCUCUCUGAAUCAGGAAACUUCUCCAUCCUCCUUCAGAAAGUUCAGCCGUAUCAUCUGGGUCUCUACCUCUGUGAGCUGUUUAACGGGACCGGCUGCAGAACUGCGUAUCAGGAGCUUCACCUGCUUGUCAGCAUCCAACAAAGCCAAGAGAACUAUCAGUUAAUGUGGAGCACAGUUGGAGCACUCUCAGGAGGAAUUGUGCUGCUUGCUGUAUUCACAACCUGUUUGUUUCAUGCAAAACGCAGACAGAAUAUCACUGUUAUCGAGGCUGACUAUGAAAACGUUGUGGGUGCAACAGCACACUCAGACAGAGGAAGUGAAUCAAGAGAGAAUCCAAUAUAUGACACUUCCUGUCAGCCAGAAUCAAGUAACAAUGCAAGAGAAAAGGAAGGUGAAUCAAGAGAGAAUCCAAUAUAUGACACUUCCUGUCAGCCAGAAUCAAGUAACAAUGCAAGAGAAAAGGAAGGGCUUUCAUCUGAUACUCCAGUGUAUGCCACUGUCAAGAAAGGAAAAAUAGUUAAUAGAACCUAAAGGAAGCCAUAAACACAGUGUGACAUUUUAUAGGAAAACAGUUUAUGAUGACAUAUGUACUAAAACUGAAUAUAUAGUUUGAUAAUUUACCCCAUGUCAUUCUUAUUAUGCAGUCAGUAGCCAAGUUUCUGUCCACUUUUACGCUUUUCUGUUAUCGGCAAACUGAAAGUGUGUUAAAAAAAUGUUUUUUGUGAAAUUUGCUGUCUUCUGCCUGUUUCCAUCCAAUCGGCCUUUUACUGAUAAAAUGGUGAGCAUGAUGCUGUCAUCCUUUAAAAAAAACAAAUUGUCUCAAAAGUUUUGGUGUAUCGCAAAAGAAAUCUGCCCUUGAGCCGUUUCCAUACAUAAUUUUGUGUAUAUCGCAAAUUGUGUACCUUUUGUGUCCCACAUGUCUUCAGAUCUUUGUAAAAUGGAGUGAGCAUUCGGAAAAUGAAAUGAAACUGGGCAGCUUCCUGUUAUUUUAAUUUCACAAAUAAUUGCAAUUGUAUGAAAUAUCAGAAGACAACGUUAGAAUGGAGUAGUUGCUUGUCUGAUAGGGCUCCAGGUAAUUGUUCUUAUGCGACUAAGCCCAUGGGUCUGAGAGGUACUGGUGGAGAGACACUUCACAGAAAGUCUCUGGCUGCAAAGUUUAGAAUGUCACGAGGCCAAUGAAAUGCAUACCAUAACCUUGCUUCUUAUCACAUCUUGGGUUGGAUGGAUUCAUUCUGUCAUGACACUGUAUUUUUUACAUGAACGCCAUUUUUCUCGAUAAAAACUGAAGAAUCGACAUAGAAUUUAAACUAAAUUUAAACUAAAAAACAAUAUUAGGUCGACACUUGUGAAAUUUUAUGGAUAAUUUGCGUUUCCAUCAGCUGUAAACAUUUCAAUGCACUAAACCACAGACAUUCACACAUAAAAUCAGAAAGAAAUCCUUUGAUGGAAAUGUAACUACUGAGACAUUGUGAUAUAAUGCACUCCUUAAUCUUAAUAGUUUCAUUGUCGAGCUAUUGAUCGAUAUUAGAUUUUAGCCCUCCAUCUGUUAUCAUGACGAGCCGUCACUGGUGAUGCAGCUUUGUGCUUUUGCCCCUACGCCAGGGAACUACUGCUACUUUGUUGUUUUGUAAACUUUGAAAGUUUUGUACUUUGUUCUGCUAUUUUGUUGUUUUGUUGUGAAACAUGGUACUGACCUUAGACUUUACAACUAUGUACUUGUUUAAUAUCUCACAUUGCCUAGUUUGAUGCUUUUAAUCAUUUCGUAGAACCCCAUAUACAAAUAAUAGUGUAGUUUUCCUUUUCAUUAGAAUUUUAUUGUUUUGGGCUUACACACUGUCUUUCCCCUACUUUAAAAGAGGGUUCAAUAAAGUGGUGCUGUUGUUUAUAUUUCAUUUUACAACCUGGCCCUCUUAUUCACCAGAUCUGCUCUUUUGGAUUGGACAUGCCAAUUUUAAUAAAUCUCUUGAACACUUGGCGUUUUUAAAUGAAUGUAUUGAGAUAAUGAAACAAUGACUUACUCGUAAUAGCUGGGGGGAAAAAAACACUCAUUGGCGCCACCUUUUGGUGCAAUCAUGUACCUUACGGAAAGGGACACUGACCGAAUCUGAGUCUUUCUGGUGAACGGAGAAAACUAGUUAAUUGAGUAAAACUUUUUAUUAGCUUGCGCACUUUGGAAGGAGAAAGCAUCUUCUUUUCCUUUGGAUUCCCAGUUGCUUCACCUUUGACCUAAUUCAGAGGUCCUUAACCUUUUGUAACUAAAGCCCCCCCAAGUCUUCCCUAUCAUGUGGCACGCCCACCCCCAGAUUGGA